AUGACAGGUUACAUGUUCGGCAAAGGUGUCUAUUUUGCUGAUAUGGCUUCGAGGAGUGCAAAUUACUGUUUGCCGAAAAGAGAAACACCUGAAGGAUUAAUGCUUUUAUGUGAAGUUGCUCUCGGUAAUACGUAUGAUUGUUAUAAAACGACAAAUCUUUCAGCAGAAACAUUGCCAGCUGGUACACAAUCGACCAAAGGUUGUGGGCAAACAAUUCCUGAUCCAAAACAACAUUUUUAUACAGAUGAUGGAGUUCUCAUUUCAAUGGGUCGUGGUGUUACCGCAAAAAUUCCACAUAGUUCACUAUUGUACAAUGAAUACAUUGUCUAUAAUACCGAACAGAUCAAGAUCAAAUAUCUUCUACGUAUUGAGUUUAACUACAAAGAUUGA